CUAGUAGCAGUCGGGUGAUUGGUCCAUUGUUUCGUUUACGCCUCGCUGCUGGGUCCGACGCUCUGGGGAUGCACCUUUGUGCUAUCCAUUCACACCUGUCCAUUCACACCCAUAUUCAUCUAACUACGGAGGCCUCGAACCAAGCCCAGUCAGAGACACAAAAUACCUUACAUGGCUACAUCAUGGCUACAUACGCGCAUCACUUGUCUUGGCUCUCUAAUGCCCUCACCACUACUCCCAAAGGUGGAUCAGAACCAGAUGAAGAUAUUGCCGAUAAGUAAAGUUUUUUGUUUCCUUUUAUUUUUUUUUCUACUUUCCUUAGCCCCAUUUAAAGCUCUACCAGCUUCGGACAUUUCCAACCAUCAGUCGGCUGGGCUGCCUGCGUGUCUGUCUGUAUGCGGUAAUGGGGGUACAAAGUUACCUCAGCCCGGAAGCUGGGGGAGAAGAAGAAGGAGAAGAAGGAAGGCACUGUGCUCCGUACUUUGUGUUUCGUAUUACUGAUACCGGCUAGAGUUUCUUACCUCUCGCAGAGAUAAACGCUUGACCGCUUGCAGUUAGAGGAGCAACA